AUGCAUAUCUCAAAGAAGUUGGCUCUCGCCCGUGAGGCCAAUAAGCCCACCUUCUCCUUCGAAUUCUUCCCUCCAAAAACUGCCCAAGGCGUCCAAAACCUCUACGAUCGUAUGGACCGCAUGCACGAUCUCGGCCCGGCCUUCAUUGAUAUUACGUGGGGCGCAGGAGGCCGCCAUUCUACCCUGACAAUGGAGAUGGUAAAAGCCAGUCAAUCACAAUAUGGUCUCGAAACAUGUAUGCAUCUUACCUGCACCGACAUGGAAAGGUCUCAGAUUGAUGACGCCCUUCGCUGUGCCUACAAAGCCGGAUGCACCAAUAUUCUCGCUCUCCGUGGAGACCCACCGAGGGACCAAGACAAAUGGGAGGUCAAAGCAGGCGGCUUUCGCUAUGCCAAAGAUCUUGUCAAGUACAUCAAAGCCAAGUAUGGCGAUCAUUUCGAUAUUGGUGUGGCCGGCUAUGCUGAAGGUUGUGAUGAUCACAGAGACGUCGAUCUUUUGGUCGAACAUCUAAAGGAGAAAGUUGACGCUGGUGCCUCGUUCGUUGUCACCCAAAUGUUCUAUGACGUGGAUAUUUUCCUGAGCUGGGUCAAUAAAUGUCGUGCUCGUGGCAUUGACGUUCCUAUCAUUCCGGGAAUCAUGCCCAUUUCGACCUAUGCGGCAUUCAUGCGCCGGGCCGACUGGACUAAAUGCCGGGUUCCCCCAAACUGGUUUGAGGCGCUCAAUCCUGUAAAAAACGACGAUGCAGCAGUUCGCGAUAUUGGCAAGGACCUUCUUGCCGAGUUGUGUCGGCGUCUCCUCGAUGCCGGCAUUUUACAUCUGCAUUUCUACACCAUGAACUUGGCCCAAUCCACCAGGUUGAUCCUCGAAGAACUAUCAUUGACCCCUGAUACCUCCGGCACCCCAUUGGAGAAGCCUUUGCCAUGGAGGCAGUCCCUAGGUUUGAACCGCCGGGACGAGACCGUCAGGCCGAUAUUUUGGCGCAAUCGCAAUACUUCCUACGUUGCCCGAACUGCCGAUUGGGACGAGUUUCCCAAUGGGCGAUGGGGGGACAGUCGAAGUCCUGCGUUUGGCGAACUUGACGCUUACGAUAUUGGUCUGAAGGGGACCAACGAAAUAAACAUCAAACUUUGGGGCAAGCCCAGAUCUCUUCGCGAGGUCACAACGUUGUUCACACGGUUCAUUGAGGGUGACUUGGACAGACUCCCGUGGAGCGAGGGCGGAAUCAGUUCUGAAGCCGACAGCAUCAAGGCCAAUUUACUCCAUUUGAACAAGAAUGGAUUCCUCACCAUCAAUUCUCAGCCUGCUGUCGACGGAGCACCAUCAUCACACCCCGUUUAUGGAUGGGGUCCAAGCGGGGGAUGGGUCUAUCAGAAGGCGUAUCUUGAGUUGUUGAUUUUCCCUUCUAUCUUCGACACUGUACUUCAACGGCUGAAUGCCAACAAGAAUUUGACAUACUAUGCUGUCAACCAGAAGGGCCAACUUCUCACCAAUACCAAAGACGAAGGCCCGAAUGCAGUCACAUGGGGAAUCUUCCCAAACCGUGAGAUUGUGCAGCCUACCAUUGUCGAGACCGUCUCUUUCUUGGCAUGGAAGGAUGAAGCCUUCCGUCUAGGCCAGGAUUGGUCCAAAUGCUAUGCUCCAGGUUCUGCAAGCAGGAAGCUCAUCGAAGCCAUCAUGAGCCAGUGCUACUUGAUCAAUAUUGUCAACAAUGAUUUCCACCAGACCCAUGAAAUCUUCAAGAUAUUUGACAGCCUUGAAGUUGAGGACCUCGACAAGGCUUUCGAAGACACUCCAGCAGCUGAGUCGAGGAAUGGUGAAAGAAAGGUUCUGAACAGUGGCGCCAAAUCGCCUGAUAUUGACCAGAGUGUUGUCAACGGUGAUCGAGGAACGAUCCCAUUCCAGACAAAUGGUGCUAAUCAUGCGAAUUGA